AUGCCUGCCGUUUCAGCCUAUCAUUAUCUCACAUUAGGAUCUACAACACUUUCACAUAUCGAUAUACGAAAAGGAAUAAUCACCCAAUCAGAUAAUCAAGAAGAUGAACUCCUCGCCAUGUGUUUUCCCUCGGAUUACAUUUCUGAUAACAAGAAUGACACGGUCUUGGUUGCACAUGGAGAAGGGAUCGUUACAAUUUGGAAGGAUUCCAAGAAUAGGUUCAUGGACCAAUUAUCUAGAAUCAAGGUCAACAAAUCCGCUUCUAUUGAUUGUAUCAUGCCAACCAUGAAUGCUGAUGACGAAGAGAUGACGAAUUCGGUGUGGUGUGGAGAUAGUGAAGGGUUAUUACAUCGAGUUAAUUAUAAAAAGGGGAAAGUUGUUGAGACUAGGGUUCAUUCUCUGGCGAGGGGGAAGUAUGGUGCAGUUGAUGAGGUGGGUAUUUUAGAUAUUGAUUAUGAUUAUAGAUUGAUUAGUGCUGGGAUGGACAGUUUGAAGAUUUGGUCGAAUAGGGAAGUAGCUGAAGAUAUUGCGAAUUAUGACGAAGACAGUGAUUUGGAGGACUCCAGUGAUGAUGAAGUGGGUGUCGGUGGUUCUGGUAGUGACAGCGACGAAGAUAGUAUGGGCCCACUGGAUUUCAGUUCUGACUCUGAGAUAGAAGGUGGUAGCACUAGUGACAUCGACGAGGAAGAGAAACAAGAAGAAGAAGCAGGAGAAGAAGACGAUGAAAGUGAAGACAAUGAGGAUGUCUUCGAAGAAGAGAAGGAAACGGAAGAACCUCUUCGUAGAAAGCGUCCAGGACUCAGUCAAGUAAUUUCGAAGCCAAAAAGAAGAACCAUUGAUAUUAAUAAAUUAACCAAGAAAGAGAAAACCCAAGGCGAUGAAAAAGUAGAAGAAGAAGAUAAAGAAAACGAGAAGAAGGCUUUAGCUAAGUUGAAAGAAAAGAAGUUGACAACAAAGCAACUUCGUAAUAUGCAAAAGCAUGAACAUGGUAUUCGUAAAUUUGAAGGUUUAUAG